CCUUUUUCAACAUGGCGGCGCCCCGCACGGCCGCCGACGGUGGCCGCGGAUCCAACCACAUUCUAUCACAGUCGUCCGCUACCGAAGAGAAGCGACCUCAGUUCGGGACUCGUUUUCUUACGGACCCCCGGCAGGUUUUCCAGCACAACGCGUGGGACAAUGUGGAGUGGACUGAGGAGCAAGAAGCAGCUGCAAAGAGCAAAGUACAAGAGAAUAGUCAACCCCUGCCUUUGGAGAAACAAGAGGACUUUGACAGCCGGGCUAACGAGUACUGGAAUGAUUUCUACACAAUCCAUGAGAACCGCUUCUUCAAAGAUCGCCACUGGCUCUUCACUGAGUUCCCUGAGUUGGCGCCAUCAUACCUCCACGACCAACGUGCCAAUCCUGAUAGCGCGGGAAUACAUCACAGUCCUCAGUCCAGUUUGGAUCCAAGUGGGCAUGUCGCCCGCUUAAAUCUGACUGACUUCCCGGGUUCUUCCGCAACGUAUCGAAUUCUCGAGGUCGGUUGUGGUGUUGGCAACACGGUUUUUCCCAUCUUGAAGACCAAUAACGACCCAGGACUUUUUGUGUACUGUUGCGAUUUCUCCAGUACAGCUGUGGAGCUUGUCAAGACCAACCCGGAGUACGACGCCGGACGCUGCUUCGCCUUCGUGCGCGACCUCAGCGAUGACAGCGCUGCCUAUCCCAUCCCGGAUGGAAGCCUUGAUGUUGUGGUGCUCAUUUUCGUGCUGUCGGCGUUGCAUCCCGACAAAAUGCGGGCAUCUGUGGGCAGAUUGGCACGGCUGCUUAAGCCCGGCGGGGUGAUGCUGCUGAGGGACUACGGACGCUACGAUAUGGCACAACUGCGCUUUAAGAAAGGACGGUGUCUGUCAGAGAACUUUUACGUCCGUGGCGAUGGAACCAGGGUGUACUUCUUUACUCAAGACGAGUUGCAUGACAUAUUCACUGAGGCUGGGCUGGAGAAAGUGCAGAACAUGGUGGAUCGGAGGCUCCAGGUGAACCGCGGCAAGCAGCUCACCAUGUAUAGGGUGUGGAUCCAGUGCAAGUACUGCCGGAAACCAGAGGAGGAAACCACCAUAACUUGAUACCAACCCAUUGCUGCAUUAACUGCCAUCAUGUGUUGUUCUCUGUUCUACGAACUUCAGAAAGUGUUUCUAUUCACUGUGAUUCUGUUUUUUUAGUAAUAUUUUGGAAUAUCAUGGCCUAAUUUGAACCUUUUGUACAUGCAAGAUUAAUAAAAAUGUCGGUAAAUGUUU